CACUCGGAUGGAUAUGUCUCAGCAUCCCUAGAAAGUAGUUCCGCAGAUUGAGGGACUAGAGAGAUCACCUUGAGCAGCUCUCUCUCUCUCACUGUAGCAGCAGCACUUACAUCAGUUCAAGCACUUGUCCAGCCAGAUAAGGACUCCUCCAGUGAUAGCCAUGCCUCAGCUAAAGUCUCUAGACAUGGGCUCAGCCUUCAUCCAGACACAGCAGCUCAACGCUGCCAUGGCCGACACCUUCCUGGAACACAUGUGCCUUCUGGACAUUGACUCUGAGCCCACCACUGCACGCAACACUGGCAUCAUCUGCACCAUCGGGCCAGCCUCCCGUUCUGUGGAUACUCUGAAGGAGAUGAUCAAGUCUGGAAUGAACAUUGCUCGCUUGAACUUCUCCCAUGGCACACAUGAGUACCAUGCAGAUACCAUCAAGAACGUGCGUGAGGCAUGCGAGAGCUUCACGCCCGGCAGUAUCCAGUACAGGCCUAUCGGCAUCGCCCUGGACACCAAGGGCCCAGAGAUCAGGACCGGCCUCAUCCAGGGAAGUGGCACAGCUGAGGUUGAGCUGAAGAAGGGCAACAUGAUCAAGAUAACCUUGGACGAUGCUUAUCAGGAGAACUGCAGUGAAGAGAUCCUCUGGCUGGAUUACAAGAACAUUCCCAAUGUCGUGGAAAUUGGCAGCAAGAUCUACAUUGACGACGGACUCAUGUCCCUACAGGUCAAGGAGAUUGGUUCUGAUUUCCUCAUGUGCGAGAUUGAGAACGGUGGCACCCUGGGCAGCAAGAAGGGAGUGAACCUCCCCGGUGCUGCCGUAGACCUGCCUGCUGUUUCGGAAAAGGACAUCAAAGACCUGCAGUUUGGUGUGGCGCACGGAGUCGACAUGGUCUUUGCCUCCUUCAUCCGCAAAGCAGCAGACGUACAUGCCGUCAGAGCAGUGCUAGGAGAGAAAGGAAAAGACAUUAAGAUCAUCAGCAAGCUCGAGAACCACGAGGGUGUACGCAGAUUUGAUGAGAUCAUGGAGGCCAGCGACGGCAUCAUGGUUGCCCGUGGUGACCUGGGUAUCGAGAUCCCCACAGAAAAGGUUUUCCUAGCCCAGAAGAUGAUGAUCGGUCGCUGCAACAGAGCUGGCAAGCCUAUCACAUGUGCCACUCAGAUGUUGGAGAGCAUGAUCAAGAAGCCCAGGCCCACCCGUGCUGAGGGCAGUGACGUAGCCAACGCCGUGCUCGACGGAGCCGACUGCAUCAUGCUGAGUGGAGAGACCGCCAAGGGAGAUUACCCUCUGGAGGCAGUACGCACACAGCACAUGAUAGCACGGGAGGCCGAGGCAGCCACCUUCCACAGACAGCUGUUUGAGGAGCUGAGGAGACACUCCCAACUGACCAGAGACCCCUCAGAGGCUGUGGCUGUUGGUGCCGUUGAGUCAUCAUUCAAAUGCUGCGCGAGUGCCAUGAUUGUUCUCACCAAGACUGGGAGGUCCGCCCACCUGAUCUCCAGGUACAGGCCCCGUGCCCCCAUCCUUGCCGUUACCCGUAACGCCCAGACAGCUCGCCAAGCCCACCUGUACCGCGGCAUCUUCCCCGUCCUCUACACCAAACCCUCCCAUGAUGUGUGGGCAGAGGAUGUCGACAUGCGCGUCAACUUUGCCAUGGAUAUGGGCAAGGCACGAGGCUUCUUCAAAGAGGGAGACGUGGUCAUCGUGUUGACCGGCUGGCGCCCAGGCUCCGGUUACACCAACACCAUGCGCGUGGUUCUGGUGGCCUGAACAGCCAACAGGGCUGCUCUGCUUUCUCCCUCCACCUUCAUCUAUCUUUCAUAGCUCUCCACUCCAGCUGACGGCUCUUCUCAUCCAACAACUCAGGCUCAACCUCUGAACUAUUAAUCAUUUAGGCAAUGACACAAAGAAAUUAGAAAUAAAAUACAAUAUAGUCUUUGAGCCAAAGAGCUGUUUCGGGUGGGAGUGGAGGCUUGACUCAUACAUUUCCACUCCAUUUCCAUUCCUUUCACAUCGACUCUCUCAGUCAAACCAGUCAACAGGGCCUCAGAUUAAUACACCCUGACCAGAAAACUGCUGUAUUUAUUCACUCAAACACUUGUAUUAUUAAAGGCGAACCAGUCUGAGAGUGAAUCCUGGUCUGUGUGCAUGCGCAUACUGGCUCUUGUUUAGGUGGAGUAGGUGGCUGGGGUAGGCUGAUCUUCACAGAGCACCUUGAGUACUGUAACAGAUUACUAAUCACACUCCUCUGCCGACCCAACGAACAAACUUGUGGCAUCCUAAAUCAAAGGGCUCCUCCUGAAGAGCAGCCACAGCUCCCCCACUCCAUCCAAACAGAUCCUUGUGUAGUGCUGUGUGUAUGACGUGUCCUCUCUUAAUGCCAGCUAUCACUGUAUUUAAGUGUAUCUGUAAGUGUCGCACUCCUAAUCUCCUCCAGACAAUGUUACAUUUGAUGUUAUACUUGACUUUUGUGAGUGGUUAAAGUUUGUUUUGGGGCAUCCAAUACUACAUAUAUUUUGUCUGAUUAUAGAGAAAUGUUAGUUUUGGAUGUUGGCCUCAUAGAUGUUUGGGCUAGUUACUGUAUUUGUGUUAUUAGAUGUAUCAUAAAGCCUUUACAUUUAUUCGCAUUUGGAUCAUAUCUAAGUUGGCACUUAUGAAUCACGUAUGAUUCACAAAAGUUGACUGAUAUAAAUGAGCACUUUUAGAGUUCCUGAUGAUGGGAUGACACCCCCUCAACCCCAGCAGGUGAUGGGUAGAACUGCUCUGUUGGUCCUUCUCCCUUUGUUGGUGGCCCACUGUAGCCUUCUUCGUGUGUCUAACAUGCUUUUGAUUGUAAUGCUAGAGUGUAAGAACUAACUAAAUGUAAAGGGGUAAUAUAAUGUCUAGCAGGUGUACUGAGCUGUCCUUAAAGACUGGAUUUCCAUCAAUAAAAAGAGACGAGCACCUACCUUAA